UGAAGUGAUUCGCAUGCGACAAAACACUUGCACAUUGUGUAAACAAUGCCCGAGUUUAACCGUACUACAGACCAAACGUUGUCGCAUGCAAUCAGCUGGCAAAUUUCACAAGCACUUUCAGUUGAUUGCGACGGAAACUGCUUUGGUCACAACUUUCGGUUACAUUCGGCUAUUGUUUACAUAUUGUGCAUCACGAGCAAUGCGUCAAGAGAUUGAAAAUACAAACCGGCGCCGCAAAAACUCAGGUUGCUGACUGACUUUCUUUGUGUUCCUGCACACACGUGACCACCACCAUGUCUCGUGCCCACCAGCCCCCCCUGGUGACGGGCAUCUCACCCAAUGAGGGCACUUCAUGGACCAAGGUCACCAUCCGAGGAGAGAACCUGGGUACUGGCCCCGCAGACCUCGUUGGUCUCUCCAUCUGUGGUCACAACUGCCUGCUGACGGCUGAGUGGAUGUCAGCCAGUAAGAUAGUGUGUCAUGUGGGCCCAGCCAAAGACGAUAAGGGAGAGAUCAUCGUCAGCACCAAGUCAGGAGGACACGGCACCUCCACCGUCUCCUUCAAGCUGCUCAAGGCUGAGAAGAUCGGUAUCCUGGACCAGUCUGCUGUGUGGGUGGAUGAGAUGAACUAUUACGACAUGAGAACCGACCGCAACAAGGGCAUCUCUCCCCUCUCCCUACGCCCCAGCAAUCCAUUGGGCAUCGACGUAGACAAGUAGGGACAUACACACACACACGCAUGCUACACACACACAACACACGCAU